AUGGAUUUGGCUGCUUCAAAGUGUGCCAUCUGCGACAUCUAUUGUGUGUCUCCGCAUGAGCGCUCGGUCCCGUCGUUGCAAGUGCACGGCUUCAAGAUGGGAUCCAACCAAUCAGCAGCCCCAAUCACCCCCCUGGACGCCUGGGCGGGGGUCUUGGAAUCGCCACUUCUCGCCAAACAAGUGCCGGAAUUGGGGGGGGCAAUUGAGGCUUGCCAGGCUUGA